AUGGCUGCUGCCCAGAGAGGGAGGAAAAAGGCCCAGACUUGUGGGAGACAGCACUAUGGGAGGAAGUCCCAGGCCAAGCAGAGGAAGUCCCAUGACAAGCAAAGGAGGCAGGCCAGGCGGAAGCCAGUGGGGAAGUGUGGGAAGAGCCCCCGUGGGAAGAAGCCCUCCCCCGCCUCGUACAACACCAAGAUGCUGAGGCGGUUGCAACGGGACACCAGGCGCUUGUCAAACAAGGCCAAAGGGCUGAUGAUCUCCUUCAUCAACAACAUCUAUAAAAAGGUGUCCACACAAGCUGAGCAGCUGAGGAAGCAGAGCCGUCGCCCCAUGAUCGGCCCUUCGCAGAUGCAAGCCGCCCUGCAGCAGGUGAUGCCGAGGAAACGGGUCAGGCGCUCGGCCACCCCAGUCUCGAAGAGGUCUCACUAG